AUGACUUCCUCUAUCCAGGAGAUCAUUCUGGCUCCUUAUCUCUCCGAUCCUUCCUCUCCGGAGGGCCGCGAGGUCGUUCAAGGCGUGUACAACGCAGCCUCAACAUGGGGCUUCUUCCUACUGACCAACCCACCUAUGACGCAAAUCUUGUUCCGCUGCUUCAAGUACACUCCGUCAAAUGAAGCUAUGGAAGCGGAUCACCCAAAGCAAACCUUUGGAAAAGGCGAAUACACGGACUUUGGCUAUCUGAUUAUUCUACAGGUCGACUCGCCUGGUCUUCAGCGCCCAGCUCCCGGCUCGCCUCCCCGCUACUCGUUCCCCCUGCUCUUCGACUUCGCCUGGAACGCAAAGAUGCAGUGCAUCUCUCUCAACCAUCUGCCGCCGCUCACCGGGGACGAAGAGAAACUCGCUCACAAGCACUGGGCGAGCACGACUUUCCGACAGGUCGAGGGCACACGGGCGCAGGAUCUUGCCAGGAAAGUGCAGAAAGUGUUUCCAGAUCAGAAUCUGCCUGAUUUUGAGCCCAAUUCCGCCUUCGACGAGGUUCAAGAGGGUGACCAAAGUAUAGAACUGUGA